AUGGACGUGAACAAAGUGAAUCGCAUCUGCCCCACGAAGUUAUUUCCGCGGACGAAUAACCUUGUCACUAAGGGGCUGUUUCUGCUUAGAAAUAUGGCCGGAUAUAGCAAGGGAAUUCCCCAACAAGAAAUGAACUUUGUCAAAAGUUCAAUUGAGCUAUUGAAUCAUAAGGAUGAUGAGGGUAUUCUCAACUUUUCUACAGUCUCUAUGAAAUGUGCUGUGACCAAGCCCUUGACCAACGAAAUUCUGACUCCGAAACCACCACCGAUGAGGAUGGAUCGGAGAAGAUCAUAUAAUUGCCCUCCUCAAUCUGCGAUGUACAUCAACCCCUCUCAAAGUAACGCAGACUUUCUUAUCGUGGUGCAUCUCCGACGUGACCUUCGGAACCGGGAUUGUGCGUACCCCACAGCUGUCUCUGGCGCCAUACCGGCCAUGAAUGAUAAAAGCAUUCCAACGCUCAUAUCUACUGGCUUGGGCCAGGCCAAGCCAGACCUACCUCGUGGCACCGAGCUUCGAGGCAUCAAUCCUCUCACCUGCGCCCUCGCCUCAUCGGCCUGGGCCGCAUCCUAUACCGAAUCCCUCCUCAGCCUGCACAAGACCCUCGUCGAAGCCGACUCGACGACCAAAUCCGAAGCCCUCGGAACACAAGCUCUCAAAGGCUACCUCGAGACGAACUUUACAGUCGAGCUCCAAACAGUCGAAGGAACCCGCCAAAACGUCUUUGCCUAUCCCGGCACCGCCCGCGAAGCCCGCGUCCUCGUCACAUCGCACUUUGACACAGUGCCGCCUAACAUCCCUUACUCCCGCUCCGGCGAUGAGAUCCGUGGCCGUGGGACUUCUGAUGCGAAAGGAAGUGUUGCAGCGCAGAUUAUCGCUGUGGAGGAGCUUCUCGCGAGCGGGGAGAUUGCCGAGGGGGACGUCGCGCUGUUAUAUGUCGUUGGUGAGGAAUCUGGAGGCGACGGUAUGGGAGCCGCAAAUGAGCUGGGCUUAACGUGGGAAUCCGUCAUCUUUGGCGAGCCGACGGAGAAUACCCUCGUCCGGGCGCACAAGGGCGUGCUGGGGUUCAAUAUCACAGCCGACGGCGUCGCAGGCCAUUCAGGGUAUCCCGAGUACGGUCGGAGCGCGAUCGACCUGCUCGUGCGCGCCUUGGAUAAGAUUCAAGACACGAAGCUGCCGUGGACGGAAGAGUUUGGGAACACCACGUUGAAUGUGGGCUUGAUUGAGGGCGGGGUCGCGACGAAUGUGAUUCCGGAGAGCGCGUCGGGGAGGGCGUCGAUUCGGGCUGCGACGGAGGAUUUACAAGGGAUUCAGGAUGUGCUGCAAAAGGCUGUGUCGGAGGUGACGCCGGAGUAUGUCAAUUUGACGUUUACUGGGUUUGGUUUGCCAGUGAGUCUGGACUACGAUGUUGAAGGCUUCAACACUACUGUGGUGAACUAUUACACGGAUGUGCCACGCCUGAAUGGAACCCAUAAGCGUUACUUAUACGGACCUGGGACUAUUUUAGUGGCUCACUCGGCUGACGAGCGCAUCACUGUCCAGGAUCUCGAGCUUGCUGUGGAGGACUACAAGAAGCUCAUCAUCGCUUCCUUGAACUCAAUGGCCGGCUUUAUCAUCAAUGCCCCUUCUGUACAUCGUCUGACUCGUCUUGCACCCUGUAAUGACCCUUUUGUGCUCAGGUUGCCUGACUGGAAUCUUGGAGCUCAACAAUCGCCUGGGCCUCAUUGGUAUGACCGUCUGGGCGGUCGCGACCCCGCCAUGGCGAUGGCGUCACACGUGACAGCUCAGCUGGAGCUCAGCUCAGCUCCCUCCGGCUGCCUCACCACCGCCAGCAGCAGCGGGACCGGCCGCCGACCAUCCACCAAGCUAGCACCAUUCGAGAGCUCAACGGUCACCUUUAUUGUGCCUGUCUCUCCUCCUCAAGCUAGCCCAUCCACCCCCAAAUCCCCCAACCCUUACCACCGCAACAAUAUCCAACCCCGCAUCGCGUCUGAGAUCGACACCUUCCAGACGAGAACCAUCGAUAGUCUUGAAGACCAGGUUGUUGACGCCUUUCGUUCACUCUUUAACAAGGACAAGAACUCAGGCGAUGGCUCGAGAGGACUGAACGACACACCACCUGACGCCUACGGCAUUCAGUCUCUGCCCUUCGCAGAUGAGAUUGGCAAGCUCACUCGCAGCUUCAGCGUCAUCACAGACGAGGCAGGCGAUGAUCUCCGCGACAUCUUCAACCUCACUGAUGAGGCCCGUGGAGGAGGAGGAGGCGGCGGCCCUGAGACCCAAUCCCGAGGUAUCAGCCACAGCGACUCAUUUGGCGGGGCAAAGGGCUUCCUCUCCUCCGCCAUCAACGUCGUCCAAGACCACCUGGAAAAGAACAAGGGCUCAGGCGGCGGCGGGCAGGGCUUCGAACUCGACGGUCUUCUCGGAGUCCUCAGCAACACCGUCAAGGACGCCGCGCGGAAUCCCGAGGAGAAGGCUCGUGUCAUUAGCCCCGAGAUCAAGGAGAAGGUCGGCAUGAAGCUGAGGGAGCAACACGCACCCAUCGCGGAACAGUUUACCAAGAUUGCGCGGGAGCACAUCAAACGAUGGCUGCGCGGCAACACGAGCACGCGGGACCUCGGCGACGGUGUCAAGGGCGAGAUUGAGGACCAGGUCAAGGAUUUGGUCAAGGGUCUUGGAGGCCUGUUUGGAAACAAGAAGAGUUCGCAGGAGGGUAGCCGGGGUAUCGGUGACCGUGAUGGUCCUGAGGGCGAAGGCGAGAGGGGCGGCUUCUCGAAGGUCAUCAGCGACAAGCUCAGCACAGGUCUGGCAAAGGUGCACAGGGAAGUCCGUCUAGAGUUCCGCAAGAUCCUUGGUGCCAUCGAGAAGCAGCUCUUUGAGCUCCUGCCAGACGCUUUCCAGCGACCUCUGGAGAAGAUCCUUGGAGGAAACCCUUUUGACUCUCAACUCGACCGCGACGCUGGCGGACACGCGGACCGCGGGUUCGGGGACGACAUCAAGGUCAAGCUGGUCAACAAGAUCCGAGCCCUGGUGCGGAAGGUGCAGGAGACGCUGCGCGAGAGCAUUCUGGGCGUCGUCAAUGGUGGCCACCGCAAGUUCGAGCGUGAGAGCUGGGUGUUUGUCCAGAACAUUGUCGAGCAAAAGGUGCAAAAGUACCUUCCCAAGGUCAAGAUCAACGUGCCGGAUGAUAUCGGAAACGAGAAUGUCAGCGUCGGUGCGCCGACGGCGGGAUCUCAGCUUGGUGGUGAGCAUCACUCGGGUCAACCCCAGAGUGGCAACUACGCGCCGCCUCCAUCGCAGCAGUAUGGUGGACAGGGCUCGCAUCAGCAGUCAUACAACCCUCCUCCGAGCCAGGAGUACCGGCCUGAGCAACAUCAGCAGCAGCAGCAUCAAUCACACCAGGAGUACCGGCCUGAUCAGAACCAGCCCCCGUCCUCGUACCAGCAGUACCACUCGGAUCAAUACCAGGGCCAAGGCCAGAACCAGAACUACGGCCAAAGUCAGAACUACAAUCAAAACUACAACCAGAACCAGGGCCAAGGUUACGGCCAAGGUCAGGGUCAGAACUACGGGGGCAACCAGGGAUACGGGGGUAACCAGAGCUACGGGGGUAACCAAGGCCAUGAGAGUGGCCAAGGCUAUGGCGGAAAUCAGGGCUAUCAACAGAACCAGGGAUAUGGCGAGAACCCGCGUUACUAG